UGUGUUUUUGAUGACUUUCACAUCAAUGUAAAUCAUGUUACGAGGAGGGUUACUAGUGGUGAUAGCCACAAGUGUCGCUCUGACUGCGGCUGUAGAGACUGACAGUCUCAAGGAAUUGUUGAAAAACUUGGAAUUGCGGUACUCCACAGACGUUCUUGAAGAUGCAUCCCUAAAUGUGACGGAAUUAAUAACAAAAUACCGCUACCCACUCGAAGUCCAUAGUGUGACGACAGAAGAUGGGUACAUUUUGGAAAUGCAUCGAAUCCCUCACGGACGAGAUGCUAAUAAUAACCCCAACAAGAAGAGACCCGCCGUGUUCUUGAUGCACGGCCUGCUCACGUCCUCCGCCGAUAUGGUCAUCAUGGGCCCAGGCACCGGUCUCGCGUAUAUUCUUGCUGAGGAAGGAUUUGACGUCUGGAUGGGUAACGCCCGAGGCAACACUUACUCUCGGAAGCAUGUGAAUCCUGAUUUUGUGUCGAAUCUCGCAUAUUGGAGGUUCUCUUGGGAUGAAAUUGGUCGCCUUGACUUGCCUGCUAUGAUCGAUCACGCAUUGAAAAAAUCAGGACAAGAAAGGCUUCAUUAUAUUGGCCACUCGCAGGGCACUACUACGUUCUUUGUGAUGGGUUCUAUGAGACCAGAAUAUAACAAAAAAAUCAUAUCAAUGCACGCAUUGGCUCCAGUCGCUUACAUGGCUCACAACAGGAGCCCCCUUCUUAUGUUUAUUUCACCGCACGCCAAUAAUAUUGAAAGCUUGGCUAAUUUAUUCGGCGUCGGCGAGUUCUUGACCAACAACGCUAUUUACUCGAUGGCGGGCCAGGCUAUGUGCAGAGACGAGGUUGUAUUCCAACCGUUAUGCAGUAACAUCUUGUUUUUGAUUGCAGGAUGGAACGAACAAGAACAUAAUGCGACCACCCUUCCAAUAAUCCUUGGCCACGCUCCGGCUGGUGUAUCAUUAAGACAACUGGCCCAUUAUGGACAAGGUAUCGCCGGUAAUGAGUUCCGUCGAUAUGACCAGGGAUCCCGAUUGUCCAAUUACAGAGUGUAUGGAUCUUUCAAGCCACCUCGGUACGACCUCUCCAAGAUCACCACUCCAGUGUUCCUGCAUUAUUCGGAUACUGACAAAUUCGCGCAUGUCAACGAUGUGGAUAGGUUAUUCAGAGAACUGGGUAGACCCAUCGGCAAAUUCCGCAUUCCCUUGGCCAGCUUCAGUCACGUUGACUUUCUGUAUGGCAUAAAUUCCAGAGAGCUACUUUUUAAUAGAGUGAUUAAUCUUAUAAGAGCUAUGGACGCUAACGCAUUCGACGAUGAAUAAUCUUUGAAAUAUAAUUAUAUUCAUGAUGUGUUUA